GGGAUGGGAGCUGCUAAGUGAAAUGAGUGUUAAAUACACAUCUUGGGCAGAUCUUCCCUCUGGUUUACAGUCUUCUGAAAAAUCUGUAUUGUCUAUAUUACUGUGGUUUCCUUAAGAAGUAGGAAGGUCAGAGCACAUCCUGCCAGGUAGGGUGAAGUGAGCAGCCUCUCCUAGGGGGUCAGAUUUCUUUCGGAUAUGCACAGAUUUCUUUACCAGUGACUGGAUGCUCAUAUGUCUCUGUUUCCCCUCUAGGUUUAACUGGAGUGAACUGAUCCCUCUGCGGUUAUGGGGGAGGACCCUAGGCUUGCAGACAGAGAACUCACAGUUCCUGCUGGAAGGAAUGCCUUUCCGCAUCUUCGGGGGUUCGAUGCACUAUUUCCGAGUCCCCAGGGAAUACUGGGAAGACCGCAUGCUUAAGAUGAAAGCAUGUGGCUUAAACACCCUCACAACGUACGUGCCGUGGAACCUCCAUGAGCAAGAAAGAGGGAAGUUUGACUUCAGUCAAAACCUGGAUCUAGAGGCCUUCCUUUCACUGGCAGCUAAAAACGGACUGUGGGUGAUUCUGCGUCCUGGACCCUACAUCUGCUCCGAAUGGGACCUCGGUGGCCUGCCCAGUUGGCUCCUGCAAGAUCCAGAGAUGCAACUGAGGACAACGUACAAGGGCUUCACAGAAGCUGUGGAUGCCUAUUUUGAUCACCUAAUGCCUGUUGUCGUCCCUCUUCAGUACAAGAAAGGAGGUCCCAUCAUUGCAGUGCAAGUGGAGAAUGAAUACGGUUCCUAUGCCAAAGACCCAAACUACAUGUCCUAUGUUAAAAUGGCCCUGUUAAACAGAGGGAUUGUAGAACUGUUAAUGACCUCUGACAACAAGAACGGGCUGUCGUUUGGCUUGGUGGAAGGAGCCCUGGCCACCGUUAACUUUCAGAAACUGGAACCUGGGCUACUGAAAUACCUGGACACAGUACAGAGAGGUCAGCCAAAGAUGGUGAUGGAGUAUUGGACCGGGUGGUUUGAUAACUGGGGAGGCCCUCACUAUGUCUUUGAUGCAGAUGAAAUGGUGAAUACUGUAGCAACCAUCCUCAAAUUAGGAGCAUCCAUCAAUCUCUACAUGUUUCACGGAGGCACCAACUUUGGCUUCAUGAACGGUGCUUUGGAGGCCGAUGAAUACAAGUCAGAUGUCACCAGUUACGAUUACGACGCUGUGCUGACAGAGGCUGGAGACUAUACAUCCAAAUUUUUCAAGCUCCGACAACUCUUCAGCAUGAUCAUUGGCCAGCCUCUUCCUCUGCCUCCCAUGAUCGAAAGCAAGGCGUCGUAUGGUGCAAUCCUGUUGCAUCAAUAUAUCUCUCUCUGGGAUGUGUUACCGUCUCUUUUACAGCCCAUUAAGUCAGAGUUUCCUAUUAACAUGGAGAAUCUGCAGCUAAAUGAUAGCAGCGGGCAGUCCUAUGGAUAUGUGCUCUACGAGACUGUUAUAUUUGGUGGUGGACAUCUGCAUUCAAGGGACCAUGUCCGUGACCGAGCGCAGGUGUUUGUAAACACCAUGUACGUUGGUGAGCUGGACUACAACAGCGUGGAGCUCUCUCUCCCUGAAGGACAGGGAUUCAGGCAGCUAAGACUCUUGGUAGAGAACCGCGGGCGCGUCAAUUAUGGGCUGGCACUGAAUGAACAGAGGAAAGGCUUAAUUGGUGACGUCUUCCUGAAUAAAACCCCCUUGAGGAACUUCAAGAUUUACAGUUUGGAGAUGAAACCUGGCUUCAUGAAAAGCUUACGACACACUGCUGGCUGGAGUGCAGUCCCAGAUUACUUUGUUGGUCCAGCUUUUUUUCGUGGAAGGUUGUGGAUAGAGCAUCAGCCACAGGACACUUUCUUGAAGCUACAGGGCUGGGAAAAAGGAGUUGUGUUUGUCAAUGGUCAGAACCUGGGCCGCUACUGGAAAAUUGGACCUCAGGAAACACUCUACCUUCCUGGGCCCUGGUUAUGGAAAGGGAACAACGAGAUUGUCAUUUUUGAAGAACGCACUGCAGGACGGAUAAUACAAUCUGUCGACAUACCUUAUUUAGGAAGAACCCAGUACGUGGACUGAUGAGAGUUUCUUUCCCAUGUUUGGUUCAUCUUGAAUACUCCUGGUUGCAUGUCUGGGGACACGAUGGCCCAGGCACUUGGGCAUCUUAAUUUCUACUAGACCCAGGUAAAGGAUUUGCUCUUUGGCAGUAAGUUCAGAGGAGAGGAUGGGCCCCGAAGGAACCAGAGUCCAUUGUUUCCUGGAUGGAUGUGGAUGCUCAUCUCCCUGCACUACGGAGGACCCACAGCUCGGGUGGCUGCGCAUGAUGUUAUGGACCGUCUGGUGAAUGUGGGGGAGAAAAGAGGUGCUGGAGGCAGGGGAGAGAGAGAGAGACAAAGAACUGAAGCCAUCUGAACUGAAAGCUGAGCUCGGCUCUCCAGUGACUUUAAAAAUGUGUUACAACUGGCCACCUUGUUUUUAUAAUUAGAUAGAGAGAAAACAGUCGGUGAACAUGUGAGUAACCAGGUGUGGAAAACCAUUUUGUGGUGCUUCCAGGCAGAAUUUAGCAACUGACUCUGCAAAGAGGCCAUUACUUGUUGGAAGCCAGGGUGGUUGUCAAGUGACUUUAAUUCGAGCUUUUUUCCCCCUAAAUUUUACUGUGGAGGUUGUCUCUCUCUCAAAAAGGAGGAAAAAAAAAAAGUUUUAAAAAGUGAAAUGUGUUUUGUCCUUUAUCAGAUAUGUAUCAUCAUGUUUCAAGCCAGGCAGGGAUGAGGACUUCCAAGGAGGAGGUGCAGGAGGAGAAAAGGACAAGUUAGUCUUCCAGUCACCCCUCCACCCCUGCUCUCGCUGAAGCACCUAAAGAUUAAAUUCCCCCCUGUAAAAUGAGCAGGGAUCACAUUCUGGUUGGGACAGAAGUAAAGGGGUUGCAUACACAGAUCCAAACGGGAGAGCACAGCCCUACUUUUUACUUAAACCUGCUGUAAAUUCUUGGGAUCUUGGGUCCCGUUUUCUUUUUGUUCCUCAAAACAGAAACACAGGAUUUAGGAAAACGUGACUACUUUUUUUUUUUUUUUUAACUCACCAGCUCCGCAGCCCCUGAGGAGCUGCCAUCUCUUUAGGGAUAGGAAGAGAUCAAAUUCAAGCUGCUCAUCUGUUCAGAAUCCCCAAGAAGUUGCUCAGCCCCUGCUUUCUGUUCCAGGAACCAGGGGGUUCAGGCUAUGAGAGAAACACCAGACAUGCUCACUGUCUCUGAUAAUGGAGUUGCGGGGUAUUCUGGCUCUUAGAAACCAUAAUUUUAUUUAACAAAUUUAAAUACAGUUUGUUUAAAACUGAGAACAGACAAUGCAGCUGUAAUACCCUCCAUCCUGGCCAGAGCUGGUCUUACUGAACAUGCAUCUCUGCUCCCGGGGACCACGGUAGCAAGUUGGAAGGGCCCAGGCUCGUGUGACCAACUUUGAGGAGAGUGGAGCGUAUAUGCUUCAGGACUCGAUCCUUUGCCAUUUUUCUGGAAGGUAUUUCCUUCCAAGGAGGGAAGGUUGCAACCCAGCAGGGACUGGAAUUAAGAUCAGUGAAACAAAACAUGCAGCUAGGAGAGGACGUCAGUUGGAAACUAUUUAAAUGGUAUGAAAAAUUUGUAGUCCUUUAAAAAUGUCUCUUUCCACGCUAGGGU